AUGUCAAAAGUUCUUGGGUCACUUUAGAUCAAUGUAGACGUCAAUGCUUAAAAGCAUAAAAACUUUCUAGUAUAUAUGCACAUCAAGAAAUAAACAAUCGCUAGACAAGUUCUAAUGAAUUGGAAAAGAGGAAUAUAAAAUGCAAAUUAAGAUGAAAUUAAUAAAUUCAUCGUUAUAAGAUAUUUCAGAAAGCUUAUUAGGUCAUACAACUCAAGAAUGCAUAAAGAGAUUUCUUUGGGAGUAAUGCUUAGAAAAAAACUGCUGAAAAGAUACUUAUUUUGGUUCUUGAAAUAAAAUGUAUAGCGAUCAUAAUUGGACAGAAUUGCUGAUAAUUUCAGGACAUAGUAGUUAUUGAAUGCAUGGAAAGAGUAGGUAAACAUGAAGCAAAUAAUAUAAGUUAAGGAUAAAUUAGCCAUAAAUUACAGAGAUAGAGCAACUCGAAAGAGAUUAUUGAACAGAUACUUUAAGAUGCUGAAGAAAAACUAUUAUAGUGCAAAGUAUUUGAGAUUAAAAGAUCAAUAGUUGGAUAUGAUGGCUUCUUUAGCUAAGAAAGUUCUGGCUUCACUAUUUAUCAAUAAAUGCUAAGCUUUCAUGCGCUACAAUACUUUAAAUGCGGCUGAGGAAAUGAGAUAAAAUUAUUAUCGAAAAUUGAUCAUCAAGGCUUUUGAUUGCUUGAAUAAAAACAUGAUGAUUGAAAAUUUCAAGACGAGAAAGAACUCUGAGCUCGCCUAGCUUUGUCUAUAUUAAUGGUCUAUCUAUGUUAAACUUAACAAGAUAAGCUCAAGAUACAAUGAUACUAGCCAAAUAAGCAAUUAGUCAACAUCUAAACAUAAGAAUACUUCUUUUUAUGAGAAAGAAAAUUUGAUGAAUUUGUAGAAUAAUAUACCCAAACCUUCAAGGUAUAGAGUGUGA